AUUUACGCAUUGUCUAGCAACGACAUCAAAGUCGGGACGAGCAUCGAAGUGGAUGGAGCACCGUGGCGUGUUCUGGAGUUUCUGCACGUGAAGCCUGGAAAAGGAGCUGCUUUCGUGAGAACCAAAAUCAGGAACUACGUGAAUGGGAGCACCGUGGAGAGGACCUUUCGUGCUGGAAUUAGUAUGGAGGAGGCGAAUGUGUCCAAGGAGACGAAGCAGUUCACAUACAAAGACGGGUCUCAGUUUGUGUUCAUGGACUUGAGCACGUACGAGGAAACACGCUUGAACGAGGCAGAGAUGGGCGAAAAGACCAAAUGGCUGAAAGAGGGAAUGGACUGCAAUCUGCUCUACUGGAAGGACAAGGUCAUCGAUUUUGAUCUGCCCAUCACAGUUCAGCUUCAAAUUGUUGACGUUGAUCCUGGUCUUCGAGGUGACACUGCUCAAGGUGGAACAAAGCCGGCCACACUUGAGACUGGCGCUGUUGUAAAUGUACCGCUCUUUGUCAACGCUGGUGAAGAUAUCAUGGUGGACACGAGAACCGGUACCUACAUGAGCCGGCCAUUUGGCGUGUUGUUCAUGUCUGUGGUAUUCUCCCGCGAGAUCACUUUGCAU